AUGGUCUUUAAACGAUCACACGCUGAUGAGCUGGAUCUGAAGUCUAUAUUCGGGCUGAGCGACCCACGGGCCGUUACUGAUGAUAGAGAUUACGACGGUGAUGAAGAAUAUACAGAUGACGAUGUUGAUGAAGAUGAUAGAGAUGACGAUGAUGGUGAUGUAGAUGAUAGAGAUUUUGAUGGUGAUGAUGAUGAUAUAGAUGAUACAGAUGAGAAUGUUGAUGAAGAUGAUAGAGAUGUCGAUGGUGAUGAUAAUGAUAGAAGUAACGAUUGGUAUGACGAUGAUAGAGAUGACAAUGGUGAUGAAGAUGAUAGAGAUGACGAUGUUGAUGAGGAUCUUAAUGAUGAUUAUGAUGACGAUGAUUUAGAUGACGAUGAUUUAGAAGAUGGUAGGGAUGAGGAUGAUGAUGAGGAUUAUAGCGAUGAAAACGGUAAUAAAGAUGACAGAAGUAACGAUGGUAAUGAAGAUUAUAAAGAUGGUGAUGACGAUGAUUGA